GGGUGAAGAAGGAACGGGAAGAUUUCGAAAGUCAAAUGGCACAACGACUCGAGAGCCGUUUGGCUCCCAUGUAUGAUGCUAUCAUGGGCAAAGGUGUAAGUAAGCCGGGCGGCGGCCCUGUUGAUGACGAGGUCUGUCGGCUUCGGCGAGAGAACGAGGAGAUGUGUACCAAAUACGGUAUCACGGAGCAGAUGCCGUCCACUAAUUUGGUGGAUCGUUUACAGAAGGAGAACGGGGAACUUAAGAAGUUUGGGGAAGAACUGAAAGUAAGGAUGGAGGGCGAUUUAGCGGCUCUCAAGUGGGAGAUCCGCGACCUUAAGGAGCAUCAUGAGUCGGUGGGAAGGAGCAAUCUCACCAAGCAGAUUGAAGAACGACGAACGGAAAUGGAGACGUUACGGAAACGCAGUGAAGAAUCAGAGGAGGUAGCGCAUCUUUGGAGAAACGAAGCCCUUCGACCGGGCAAUAAACGUGGGUGCGUCAACAUUGCCACUCCGGCCAGUGAAGGACGAACGGUGACCCGUACCUGGCUGGCGACUACUCCAGAAGAAACCAGGCGUCUGCGCGCGGAGCUUCAGGAUUUGCAGGAACGCCGUAGAUGUGAUCAGGUUGAGGUUGACAUGUUGAAAGAGCGACGAGCUCAAGCCGAAGCUCGUCGUCUGGAGGCGGAGGUUGAGUUGACUCAGCUAAAAGAUAAGAUGGGGAAGUUAACUACUGAUCCGGCCGGUGGGGCUACUCCUCGCGCUCAAGGAACCAAUCUCAAAGACAAAAUGGACGAGGCGGUUCUUUCUGGCUUCUGCACGGUGAGGCGCGGUCGAAUGAAGAUGACACCGGGUAGAUUGCCAAGGGAUGAAAGCGCCAUGAAAGUGAAUGACAGAUUUGCUUUUUUGCUUGAAGAAAAGAAGAGGCUCAGGGCACUGAAGAAAGGCGGGUUGGAGAUUUUAUGUAAGGAAGUCGGGAUCAAAUACAAAACGGUGGACGCUACGGUUGACGAAAUUGCGGAAAUCAAUGCAGACAAAGCAUUUGGAGACAAGCGUGGUGGUGGGGACAAGGCUGGCACGAGCCAAGAUCCUGGAUCGAGUGCAGAUGGGGAUAGCUGCGACGCGGAGGUAGUGGGAGUCCAGUCUGACUCUGCCUAAUGGGACUUCCGAGACGCGACCCUUUGGGAUUUGGCGAACUCUU